AUGUUCAAACUGCUGGACCUCCCUCCGGAACUUGUCCACGAGAUUUUGGUCGCCGUGGCCAAGUCUCGCAGUAUCUCACGUGCACUGCACAUCAGGCUGGUCUCGCGUUUCUUCGCAUCGGCCAUGACCGAUGCUUUGUUUGCUUCUGGGCAGCUCGGCCUUGACGGACCCGAUUCCGGUCUUUUCGGCACUCAAAUCGACGAGGCUCCGAGGUUAGAGUUAUGGUCUCGCUACAUGAUCUACCUCGGUCUCUCGCGCAAUCGGCCAGGUCUAUGGAAGCUGCAAACCCUCCAUCGGGUCGCCAAGGCCAUCGUGCACCAUCCUAAAUCGCGGUUCGCCCAGGCCCGACUGGGAGGAGAAUCCAUGGAACGCGAGAGCCAAGUUAGAGACUACUUUACCCAGCUUUGCCGCCUGCCGUCCACCAUCCGUCAGCGCGGACUCCUCAGUAGCCAUAAAAACACAAACGGCUGGAACAAAGCGCGUGACUUGGCUAGCCCUAGGCCCCAUUUUUGCUCCAGCCUGAUUGCCGGCGCGGCCCAUCUCGACGAAUUCGACGUUGUACUAGAUCUGGUAGAAAGCUUCGACUGUGAUGACUGUGACUUGAACGAAGCCACUGCCACUGCCAUAUCCGAUGCCGCCUCCGCAGGCAACCUACGCAUGGUGUUGUUUCUACUAUCAAGCAAAGAUGGCCCUGAAAGAUAUCCACGGGGCAUAGAGUUGGCCAUUAUAGGCGCUGCCUGGGGUAACCAGCCCGAAAUCAUUGAGUGGGCUCUGUCUCAACUACCGCAGCCAGUCUCGCCGUCUGAGGAAAGAGAUCACUUCAACCGGAUGCAUCGAAUUCUUCUCGAUGCAAUGAGCCUAACCACUUGUCUCGAGUGUUUCCGACGCUGUUACGAAUACCAACCCAUUGUGCACGGUAGCUUCGGAUGUUGCCAUGCCCUCUCAAGAGGUGACAACAUCAUGGCCAAGGCAGCGGGACGUGGCGAUCUCGACAUGUGCGUUUACAUGAUGGCCUCGUGUCGUCGCAGUCCUAAUGGCCUGGUCAAAGGCGAAAAAGACCCCCAGAUAUUUCAAAAGUAUUUCCGAUCACCUUUGCGACACGCUGCACGGGCUGGGAGGAGCGAUGUCGUGGAGUUUCUUCUCUACUCUGGUGCCGAUCCCGUACAGCCAAGCAGGUUCUUCAUCUCGGGGGAUCUGCUCUCUUCGGAAGAACCCCAGUCUGUCUUCAACGCUGCCAUCCAGGGCGGCUCAGUGCGCUGCCUUGAGUUGAUCGUGGAAGCAUACAAUAAAAAGACGAGCCAGCUCAAACCAGGCCUGCUUGCUCACUUCUGGACCGGUGAGCUCAGCACAGGCUUCAUGCUUGCCGUACGCAGGGAGAACGAGGACAUGAUCCUGUUUCUGCUGCAAAUGUGCCACGACCUCGAUUUGAAGUCCUGGGAAGUUGCUGGAGACGCACUUACGGAGGCACACAACUUGGGCCUGGAGUCUAUGAUCGAGCUUCUCCAGAGCCCUCUGCUAUAA